GAAGGGGAAUAGGAAGACGCGACUGUGUCCAAGAAGCGAGACAACAAUAUAUAGUUCUGUCUCUUUUCAUUACUUUUCCUCGAAAUGCGCAUGCGCGGUCGGAGUGAGAUUGUGUUAUGUACAUAUAUUGUACAUUUUGGUUGUGUAUGUACGUUGAUAUAAAUCGAGUCAGGUUAUAUUAAAGUUUAGCGACAAAAUCAAGCGUCAGUUUUUGCCUGUGCUAAUUUGUGCUGUGCCUGAUAGAAAAACAAAUUAGAAAAAGAAAAAUGCGAGUGUAUUGUCUGCUGUGCGGCAAUCGAAACAAAACCGUUUCAUAUCACCGGUUUCCGAAAAAUAAGCAAGAUCGAGAAAAAUGGCUAUCCUUCUGUGGAAUCAAGGAGCAGGAUCUUAAUACCGCUACCUUCCUAUGUUCCAAUCAUUUUAAGGAAGAAGAUUUAAAGAAAAAAUUAAAUUGUUUAAUUACAAAUCCUGGAGCAAUACCAUCUAUAAAGACACAGAAAAGGAAAAAAUCAAAUACAACAGACAACAAGUGUCUGCCACCAAUAAAAAAACACAAUUUGGGUGAAGUUGUGUCCAUUGUAGAAGCUGAUGCAUCCAAUUCUCCGACAGCAGCUAAUACUAUAUUUACAUUGAUUGAAGAUUCUCCGACAGCAGCUAAUACUAGAUCUACAUUGAUUGAAGAUUCUCCGACAGCAGCUAAUACUAUAUUUACAUUGAUUGAAGAUUCUCCGACAGCAGCUAAUACUACAUCUACAUUGAUUGAAGUGAACCGUCGAACACCUCCAAUGACUGUUCCCGAACCUCGAUAUGUUGGCGAUAUUCGAACACCACAUUUAGCUACACCUCGACGAGCAAAAAGAGCUGUAGCUCUAACACGACGAGUUAUCAGUCAAUAUUCGAGGAACAUUAAAACAUUACAACAAUCACAAAACAGAUUACGUGCACGUGUAAAAAAAAUGAAAGACCUAUUAAUUGAUUUAAGUAAAAAAAAUUUAAUUUCUGAAAAUGCGUUCGACAUUUUGAUGGUAAGCUUGCGUUGCUAAAUUGGUAAUUGCAAUAAAUUGUAAUUUAGAUAGUUAAAAAGUGGUAAUAUAAUAAAUUUAUAAAUAAUUCUAACAAAUAUUACGUAAAUAGAAGAUAAUUAAUCAAUCAUAACGUUAAUUGUAAAUAGUUAGUGAAAUUCGCAAUUAUAUACAUAUAUAAUUUCAUAUUUUAUAAUCGAUUUAUAUACAUAAUUUUAUAUAAUUUUAUAUCUUACCAUU